AGCCCCUUUUUUUUUGGAGGGCGCUUCUGGGGGGGGUCUGGGGGGCAGCGAGGCUGUUCGUUGAACCCCGUGACUUUGAGAGACCGUGACCUUGAGCCGGUCGGUUACAUCCUGGCGAAGACGACCCCGGUCGGUUACAUCCUGGCCAAGAGGACCCUGGCAAUUCAGGUCGGUAGGGCACCCAGGGCACCUAGGGCACCUGGGGGUGCCCGGGCUCAGGUCGGUUACAUCCUGGCCAACAGGACCCUGGCAAUUCAGGUCCUGGUUGAGAGGAUCCGGCUCCUGGUCUCGGAGAUGCAGGGCCCCUGAUGUGGGAUUGGCGGCUACAUCCUGCUCCUGGAGAAGCCUUUUUGCGGCUACAUCGCAACAUCCUGCUCUGGCGGACCAGGAGGUGCUCGACAGUGGUGCCUCCAGCGACUUCAACGAUGCGGCCUUUGAGGCUGGCAGUGGAGGCGGCACUGAGGCAGUGCCGCCCGCAACGACCCCCAGCAGUGUGGGUCUGUCAGCUGGGAAGCCCUGGCAGUGGCGGCUUCCAGCCCGCUGGCAAUGCUUUUCCAAUCGACCCAGUGCCGCAAAACAUAGCAUACUUGAAGGAAGCCAUCAAGCAGAAGAACCCAAAUACUGUAUCCUGCGAUGCCUAUCAAAUGGACAUUUACCGCCGGAAGGACGGCCGCUGGGUCAAGGAAACAAUGAUGUCAUCAAGUCUGCGCAACACAGAUGAGGCAGACUGCUACGGAUUCAUGUUGCCAGCUGGAGCUGCUGGAGCCACAUAGUUUGAGGCAAUGCUGGCCCACAACGUUUCACCUCUUACAGGAACAAAAAAGUGCAGUCGCAGGCACAGUUGUUUCGUUGCAGUGCGGCUUGCUGUGAAGCUCUUGGUUGGCGGCAAAUUUCCACAAAUCGGUGACAUAGUUUGUCACGUUACCAGCUGGAAUUGCUGGAGUCGCAUAGUUUGAGGCACCUCAGCGGCGCAGCGGUGUUCUACACUUGUGAACUUGCAUCGUUGACAGGCUACUGCUGGCUGUGGUCACUUGCAGUUUUGCUUUCUCUGUAGUGCCGUCCAACUUGAGUAGUUUUCCACUGGAAUGCAGUGCGACAUCUCAAGUUGUCCUAAGCAGAUGGCGCAGUGAACCUUUUUUCCCCACCCGGCUGGCAGCAGAGGAGA